AUGCCCCGCACACAGGAGAGUGAGACAGAAAGUCAAGACGAAGAUGCAGAAAUCGGAGAGGCCACAGCAUGCCUCUCCUGUGCGCUGGAUGUGCUUGUCGUGUUCAGGCGCCCACUCCGAAAGCUCCAGAGGGCUUCGUGGCUGAGGCCGCAGAGGCCGCAGGGGAGAGCUCCGCUCAGCCCAAGGUGCAGGGCACACGGCACCGUCUCCUCGCGUCUGCGCUUCGUGGAAUCUUUCGCAGAGGUGCUAAAGUGGGCGCCGCCAUUUCACACAGUUCGGCAGCCCUUGCACCGCUCCGCCGAGAGGUGGCCAGGACCGAGAGUGGGUUGGUCUGAGCUUUACGAGCUGGAGAUCGACUUGAAUCUGGUGAAAGGCAACAUCGAAUUGUCCUCGAAGCGGCUUAUCAGCCGCGCAGAGGGACCGGGCAAAGGGCUCACCGACAUGGAUGCCAGCGACAUCGAGGAGUUUGUCGAGGCUAAUCCUUCAGAGGCGGAAGCCACAGCGGCUAUAGAGGCCAGGACUGUUCCUCUGAUCCCUCACUGGAGCAAAACGCGGUCCUGGACCAGCAUCCAGGAGGUGCUCCUCGAGGAAGCAGAUGGCGCUUGGCAACAGCGUCGGCUUUGCAGCGUGGUGCUUCGAAGCAGGCGGAAGGGCCGCAGCUCUGGCGGAAGCCCGGCCAUCGGCGUGGCGAAUCCGCAAGAGCCGGAGAACCUCCCAGACGCCGGCGGAAGCACUCUGCUUCUCACCAUCGGGGCAGCGAGAGCCGUGCGGCUCAUGCAGUGGCGAAGCCCGCCCUUGCUGGACGUACCGGAGGCUUUGAAGGUGGACCCCAGCAAGUACCGGGGGAACGAACGAAGCCUUCGCAUGCGGAAACGCCCGGCCGCCAAAGCGAAGAAAGCAGCUGCCUACAAGAGCACCCCACAAGGACCACCUGCGAAGGCACCGUCUGAGGAGUACAAAUCAAAGCUGAGAAGCUUGAUGCAAAAAGUGCAGGGAGGCUCUUCAGAGCGGGAUGCCGUGCGAGAUUUUUGGUCGGACCUAUCUCCAGCAGACCGGGUACAGUUCAGCACGGAGUUUCCCCAAUUCAUGCAUCUGGUAGUUGGGCUUCCAAGCGCGGUCGACGCCGAUGUGCCCAAAGCUAAAUCGGGCAUGGCUGGCCUCCCUGGCCCGGCGCCGCCUCCGCCGAAGACGUCAGCUGAGCUUGCCGGGAUGGCCACCGCGGCCACAUCCAAGAGCCUUCCAGUUCCCUUGGCCAGCACGACCGGGCCUGUGCCUGGCCCUGCCUUUCUGGCUGUGCCGACUUGGCCGAAGGGCAAGGGGCCAAGCCUCUCCGCAGAAGUCUUCAAGAAACAGGAGGCUGCGUGGGCAGACCGCCUCACCUUCCAUGAUGGCGUCCUGCGCGUGGACAUGAGGUCCUUGCAGCUGAUGGAUGCGGGCAUGGCUCGCUGGUGCCGCUGGGCCCCUGCCUUGCUGCAGACCCUCGGCCGUGCGGGCGGUGCACUUUCAGAGGCGGAGUUAGACUUUUCAGGCAAUGCUCUCGAGGAUGCAGGUUUGAGGGAGCUUCUGGCCCUGCUCCAGAACUGUGAUGUCCAUGUGCGCACCCUGAACCUCAACGCGAAUCGCCUCACCGAGGCGUCCCUGGUCGCCAUCUCUGAUCUUAUCUCGAAAUCGCGCUUGCCGAUCUCGGCUGUGUGCAUGGAGCAGAAUAGGGUCCAGGGCUCCUACGGCUUGAUGCACUUGGUGCGCGCCCUGAAGAGCAAUGCCCAGUACCCUCUCUUCAGGGAGGACACCGGGCGCUACACGCCGCUGAUGCUUCAUUUAGCUGGCAACAUGAUCGAGCGCCCGAUGCAAGUUACGCAGCUUGUGAAAGAAGCCUUUGACAACAGAUUCCCUUCCACAUCCGAGGAGAGGCAGUAUUGGGAGGUGAAGCAGCAAUGCCCACCUUUGCAGUUGCCCGUGUUUGAGAAACAGGAGACCUCGGCUUGGCAGUGA